AUGAAGAAGCACACUUAUAUUCAUACUGGUGAGAAACCGCACAAGUGCGUGGUGUGUCUCAAGGCGUUCAGCCAGUCGUCCAACCUGAUCACUCACCUGCGCAAACACUCUGGUUACAGGCCAUUCCCAUGUGGCCUUUGCGACAGGGCAUUCCAGCGGAAGGUGGACCUGCGCAGGCACCGCGAGACCAUGCACCCCGGAUCCCCGGCUGCUCAGCAGUACCACAUCACCAGCACCACGGCCGCGGUGGCCGACCAACAGACCGCCGCCGUCGCCAUUGCCGUGUUGCCGUCCACUGUUGCCGCCACUGCUGUCGCCGCCGCCGCCGCCGCUGCCUCUACCGCCUCAGCCAUAGACGCGGCCGUGGCCGGAAGUAGCGGCACGUCCAGCUAA